AUGCCUCAAGGUACCUACGUCGUGACCAAAAUGUCGGCAAGUCGGCCAAUAGACUGCCUGCUGGACUAUGAGGACCCUUACGUGCAGCCUCUCAUUGUCGCGGCCUUCCAGAAAUGCCUUCCGGCGAACGCGUUCAAGCUCAUAGAAUCUUCCGAGGAGCACCGGGUGGGCCCAAUGAUCCAGUUCCGCGCGUACGAGGCGCUGGAUUUCGAAAAGGCCGUGGAGAUGCCCAACAUCCUCAUCAACGCUUACGUCAUCCGCAAGGCUUUAAUAAGGAAGCAUUACCUCUCGACCACCGUCUCCCAUUGGAUCGUCAAACACCCGGAGUCGAAGCUGAAGGACCACGUGAAGCCGAGCGUGGAAUUUGAGCUCGAUUAUGCAGAGUUCCUGGACGACGCCCUUGUGGAAGCCUGGGAGCUGCAAGAAGCCUUCCAGAAAAAUGUGGAGAAAGACCCGAAAGAUCGGGAAUGGUGGAUUUUGAAACCUGGAAUGAGCGAUCGCGGACAGGGCAUCAAGAUCUUCAGCACCGAGCACGAGCUUCAGGACAUCUUCGAAGCAUGGGAAGCGGAGCGCCCUGACUCCGAUGAUGAGGAGGAAGACAAUGAGGACGACCGCCAAGAUGGCGAGAGGGAGAAUGCCGCCGCCCGGAGCAACAGCAACGAGCUCCUUGAUUCCUCCACAAUCCAGGUCACGGAGGAGAAGAAGGAGUACAUCAUCACCUCCCAAUUGCGUCACUUUAUCGCGCAACCGUACAUCCACCCACCGCUCACCUUUGAUGACCGCAAGUUCCACAUCCGCACAUACGUGCUAGCCGUCGGGGCCCUGCGCGUAUACGUCUACAAGCCCAUGCUCGCCCUCUUUGCCGCCACCCCCUACAGCGCGCCGUGGGACAAGGCCGACUCGGACGAGGAUAGCGGACAGCCCGACCUCCGCGCCCAUCUUACCAACACGUGCCUGCAGGGCUCCGACCAGCGCGAAGGCAGCGUGCGCGCCUUCUGGGAUCUGCCCGACAGCCUUGACGCCUCGAAUACGGCCGCGCAUGCGGAGCUGGCCGGUCUGUCCGGAGGCUGGAAGGAGGACGUCUUCUCGCAGAUCUGCACCGUCACCGGCGAGCUGUUCGAAGCCGCGGCGCGUGGGAUGAUGAUCCACUUCCAGCCGCUGCCCCAGGCCUUUGAAUUGUUCGGCGUCGAUUACAUGGUCGAUGGGCAGGGCAACGCUUGGCUACUCGAGAUCAACGCAUUCCCUGACUUCCGGCAGACUGGAGACGAGCUCAAGGGAAUCGUCGAGGGGCUUUUUGAAGAGACUGUUGACGUAGCCGUGAAGCCGUUCUUCCAGAUUGAAGGGGCUAAGCCUGAAGGAACAGAUAAGCUGAAGCAGGUCCUGGAUAUUGACUUGGGAAGGACAUGA